CACAGGAAAAAUCUUCUAAAUGAGAUCAUGUUUCUAGAAGACUUAGGCUGUGAAUCUUCUCUGAUUUUUCAAGACACUUCAGGCCAAGUGUACAACUUUGGAUCAAGUGCAGGUUUCUCUUUCUUAUGCCUGAAUCCUGACAUCAACAUCAAAUUCCGAGACCACUUUGCUUGCACCAAUGAGAGGUACACAUACAAAGAUGUACAACAGCUAUUCAAUUCCAAAUACAGUGAAGCAAUAAAGAAACCAGGCAGCAGGGUGCCGUAUCUACGUGGGGGUUUUACAGUAGAAAAUCUCCCAGAUGGCAUUUUCUUUAAGAAACCCUUCCAUUAUGGCACUAAACAACUCCAGGCUAUAAUGGAGAAAAAAAGCGAAAUUAAAUUCGUGAUUACCAGUAAUGCAAAUGUAAACUUGCAAAGCAACAGGGAUUUUAUUCCCUCUCCAACUCAGCCUGAAACAGUAGUCACUCUUCUGUCCAGGAUAGUGGACAGACAAUGUGCAGAAAGGGUAGUUAGACUGUCUGACAAGAUUAAAGAACAAGAUGUGGAGGUUGUGGAGUUGAGACUUGACCAGGAAGAGAGACUAAGAUUAAAUGAAUAUAGUUUUUAUUUUGAAGAUGAUGCAUGGCUUGCUGUUGGUGCUAAUAUUCAACACUCCACAGAAGCACAAGGGCUUAUUGUCCCAGUGUUUACUGAGUCAGAAGAUGAGAAAUUCUGGCUUUUCUACACUAUCCAGAAUCCAUCAAAACUAGUCAAAGCUUCAUUUACUUACAAGAUAAAAGGGUAUUGGCUUGACUUACAAGGCCAAUCCAACUACAAAUUACUGAACAAUCAUCAGGAUUAUGUUACUAUUGCCAACUUGAUCAAAAAUGGACCCUAUGGACCAUUAUAUUUUUUGCAGGGGAUGGAAAUUUCAGAUGACCAGUAUUUUAAUAUACCUGAAGUAUUUAACAAUGCAAUAUUUGCUGCCUUAAGAAGUAGCACUAUUAUUUAAAAUUUAACAAUAUGUACUUUUCAAUUUAAUAUACCUUUUCUAAGAACCUGUUGGAAAGCCAAUUUUAUAGCCAGCUGACAUACAGAGAAUCCUAAAUUGUAGUUCUUAAAUUGUUACUAUUAUCAAACUUAAUAGAUAAUGAUUAGCCUAGAAGUUUGUUUGCUAAUUUGUUGAUCAUUUUCAGUGGUCCAAGUGGUGUGUCUACAAAUGAAUACAAAAUCCAGUAUAAAGUACUUUUAUUACCUAUUACAAUAGGCUACAUGCAUGUCAUACUUUCUAACAAAGACCACUUGUAGAAGCUUGAUUGUACAAAGAAAACCAGAAACAUUACAUUUUGCCAUUUUUGUGUACUAAUGAUAAGUACUUUUCAGAAUCUUUGCCAAUAUUGUGUACUUUUGGUAGGUGGUAAUCAAAGCGUCGUCCAACCCAGGUACAUCCCUGUAGUGGACAACAUCUAAUGGGCCUCUUGGUUUUGCUGAAAAUAUAGGAAAAAUGCAAUGUGUCAAAAUGAGCAUGAAUUGAAAAAAGUCAAGAAUGCUGUGUACAGUAGAGAAAACACUCAUCUAUGUAACUACAAUGAACACAAUCCUCUGAAAAACAGAACUGAACAAUAAGAAAUGUAAUAAAAUACCUAUUUUCCUGA